GUCAGUCCGUAGGCGUGACGUCACAUGUAAACACCACCAGCUCUCCCGUUGCCUGCAGGUCCUCUUCACCUUUCAGCCGAGCAGCGAUGUUACAACUAAAGAACCGCAUGCGAUACAGCACGCCGGGCGUCGCCGCCGCGAAGCUCUUUUCCUCCGUUCCAGCUAAAAAUCCCGUCGUGUAUUUGGACAUCGAGGCCGACAAAGAGCCUCUUGGAAGAAUAACUAUUGAGUUGAAUGCAGAUGUAGUGCCAAAGACUGCAGCAAACUUCAGAGCACUGUGCACUGGGGAACUUGGCUUUGGAUUCAAGGGAUCUGUGUUUCACAGGGUCAUACCUGAGUUCAUGUGUCAGGGGGGGGAUUUCACCCACCACAACGGCACUGGAGGGAAAUCUAUAUAUGGGAAGACGUUUAAAGAUGAAAACUUCACAUUAAAACACACUGGUCCAGGAACUCUUUCAAUGGCAAAUUCAGGGCCAAACACUAACGGCUCCCAGUUCUUCAUCUGUACGACCAAAACUGAAUGGCUUGAUGGUAAACACGUGGUGUUCGGGCAGGUCAAGGAAGGUAUGGAUGUGGUCAGCAAGAUGGAAUCCUUUGGUUUACAUGACGGCGGUGUGAUUAAGAAAAUUGUCGUCACUGACUGUGGGGAGGUCAAAUAACAACUAAGAUCACACAUGGACUUCUGUUGGAUGACUCAGCAUGCAACCAUUGGGUAUUUACUUUAUAUUUCGUUCUGUGGUGUUCAUGACACCUUCAAGGAGGAACUGACACAGGCGAUUCUGCUGUUUUAUAGUUGAUUAUGAUGUCAGAAGAUCUCUUGCUUUUCUGAGUUUGAACUUGAACCAUUUUUAUACAAGCACUAAGUCAUUUGCUAUGUUCAAUGCUGUUAUUGCGCAAUUUGCCACUUACUGCCAAAUAAAAUGACCGUUUUCAGAUAUUACUAGCUCUGGUCUCAGUACAAGACAUUUUCACUCAUGUGCCACCCACCAUGCUGGUUUUAAAGCUUCCUGGAAAUGAUCCUUUCCAGUGCGAAUGACUUCCUGUCCACCAGAGCAGGAUGUGACAUCAUGUGACAUCCACCUACAGUGGGGCUGAAAUAUCGCAUGAAUGCAGUUGACAGAUGAUAGAACUGCGGCAGGCUAUAGCCCCAUUGGACAUGGUGCAUACAGAUGAUUUCAUCUGCUGGAACAACGAAGGACCCUGAAAAUGUCUUUAGCUUAUACUGUAUGUGGGCUGCUCUUCCUUCACUGCUUCUUUAUUUGAAACGCAGAGGGUCUGGAGGAGAGAAAGAGAAAAGGAGGCCAGGACAUGUCUGAAAGCCAGAGACUGGGUGGUGCUGCUUAUCGAGCUAAUACUUUAUGAAAGUAAAUAAUGAAGCAACGUGAAAAAGCGGCCAUGCCCCUAAAUGAAACCAUAUGCGCACUGACCUUCCACCGUUUGUUUGAAUUCUCAGAUUACAUUGUUGCUAUAGAGACUUCUCAGCUCUCACUCUGUACGAGGAAGAGAUGUUGUAACAAACUUGAUAUAAUUUGGGUCCCCACCCUCUGGUUUAGUUUUAGUUAUUUGGAAUGCAUGUCCAAUAUUGUGCAUGGAAACUUGGCUCGAAAGACAGCGGUGCUGUGGCCAACGUUAAGUACACAUGCAACACAAUGACAUCUUGACAACUGGUACAAGCUGGUUCUUCUGCUGUAAAUGUCUCCAUUUAUCACACAGCACCUCUGUCAGCUGGUGUCCUUUUUUAUGUUUUGGUUUUCCUGUCCGCAGUUUGACUCAAAGUGUUGAAAUCAAGUCCUGUCAGUUCGAUGUGUCUGUUAUCUUUCAGCACUUUCACGGAAAGUGAAAAACAAGUUUUACAAGCCCCACCCCCCUUUUUUUGCAUUGCACAACCACCAUAAAUAAUCUAUUAAAAACCUCUUCA